GUGCUGUUUUCAAUAAUAUACUUGCUGUAAAUCUUACUACCUAUUAUUCUCAACUGCCCUCAGGAUCGUUUGAUUUAGUAAAAGCAAAAACAGAUGCAUUAUAUCUGUGGAAAUUAACUAAUCAGGAUGUAAAGCAAGAUAUUAUGCAAAGUUACGUUAGAGCAUUACAAGCUGCUUAUAGAAUUAAUAUUCCGAUUUUUUGUGUAGCUUUUCUUGUUAGUUUAUUACUUAAG